AUGACCCAAUCCCACGUACCAACUUUGACGGAAACGGCUGUCCGGGUUGACCCUCGGGACUCGAGGGAAUACGCCGGUAACCAAGAGGACUCCCCUCUGUAUGAUAUUUGCGACAACCCGGAAAGGUAUUCCAAUGUGCGGUACUUUGACCACGAGAUGGUUGUCGUAGAUGACGCCAACGCCAAGUCUCCUGACCAUAUCAUCCUCAUGCCCCGGGACACCUCGAUCAAGGAAAUCGCCAACCUAACGACCGAGCACUUGCCCUUACUCUAUCGAUUCCGGCAUCAGUCGCAGAUCGAAAUCGACCGAAUGUCCAUGGAGAAUCCCAGUAGGAUCCCGAUGUUCAUGACCGGUUUUCACACCAUACCCAGUCUAUUUCCGCUCCACUGCCAUGUACAAGACUGGUCACUCAGCACCGACAAAAUGUUCAACGCCAGACAUUGGAAAGUCCCCUUCUCAAACAUGUUUAUUUCCUUGGAUCAUGUCAUUGAAGAAAUGGAACGGACUGGGAAAAUGUCGGUGGACAUGGAGGCUUACAGACGAGAUUGGCAGACAAAACCGAUUCGCUGCCCUGUCUGUCCCGGCCCCCAACCUCAAUGGGAGGCUGAUGUCACUGGGCUUGCCAACCACUGGCAGGAUCACAUCGAGGAGUGGAAGUCCACCAAGACUCUGCCUCCCAAGGUAUCGCCUUCCAAGCAGUGGGAGCCAACAUACCCCGUGAUUUUAACAACCCGGCGGCGCUCCGGGUUUCGCAUUGGCGUUACUGACGAGCUAGACCACCUGAAAAGAGACUUCCCCGGACUCGAGAUUUACUGUUAUUACACCGAUGAAUGGCUAUCAAUCCCCAAAUACGUGCUUGACAAGACAACCAUCUUCCUCUCCACGAUCGAGCUGCCACCACCCGAAUAUGCUCUUCCUCGGCUUGAAUGGAUUCACCUUGCUUCUUCAGGCCUAGACCUCCUCAUUACUAGCCCCUACAACCACCGCCCCGGCCUCCAGGUGACGUCGAGUACGGGUUCCGGUUCCACUGCCUUGGCUGAGUUCGCGUUGAUGAACACGAUGCUUCUCAGCCGCAACAUGCCCACGGCGCUGCACAACCAAGCUAAGCACGAAUGGGCACCCCAACCGCUUAUGGGAUAUCGAACGCUCAGUCAAUUAUCAGUGGGUAUUCUGGGUUUCGGAUCUAUCGGUCAACAGGUAGCGGAGCGUUUCCUCGCACUCGGCAGCAAAGUGUCGGCUAUGAACCCGAAGGGCCUGCCCCAGUCAUCGGCGACACCAGGCUCGCGGCUGAGCGAAGUCAACCUUCUCAAGGCUGACGGAAAGGACACAUUGCGCACAUUUCUCUGCAACCAAGACGUCCUCAUCCUCGCUGCCCCACUGACCCCCGAAACGGUCGGUCUCAUCAGUCGGGAGGAGCUGGAGUCACUGCCCCGGAACGCCAUUGUUGUCAACAUCGCGCGUGGUCCGUUGUUGGAUGAGCAUGCGCUGGCGGAAUAUCUCACAAAUGGACAUUUGGCAGGCGCCGCCCUUGAUGUUGUCAUCGAGGAGCCCCUGAAUGCCAGGUCACCGUUGUGGGACCUCCCCAACGUCAUCAUCACACCACACAUCGCGGCCAUGCAUAACAAGUAUAACGAUAACAUGAUCCAAGUCUUCGAGCAAAACCUACGUGCCCACCUCGAGGACAAGCCCAAGCGAAACGUCGCGCAACUCCCGGUCCCCGCUCCGCCCUCUGCAACACCCCUCAAGUCAUACACCCGCCCAACAUACAUCAACUCCACCGCGAGUCGGUCACCAAAAGUUGUGUAUGCCGUCCGAGAGCGGGGUGAUGGCCGGAACAGGUAG